ACUGCCACCUCUUCAAAUGACGUUGAUGCCUCUUUAAAACGUCCCUUCUCAGCUUCUGGCAUUCUUGGUUCUCAAAUUCAUGCCUUUCUGAAACAAAUUUUCGAACAAAGACUAGCUGGGCGGCCAUCUUUUUCCUCAUCCUGUCAUCUGGCCCAAGAUGAUAGUCUCCUGCGACAGCCUAAUACGAGCACAUCUAACCUCACCCAAAUAGAUCUACCGUCUCAUUUUGGAAGUACUUCCGAUACCUCAAGUUUGAACGCGCCAUAUCUGGAAGGCGAUCAGAGUCAUGAUGCCAAUAAACUCUCAGGCAAAGCUCAGAAUCAGCCGCUGAAUAGUAAAAAUGCCAUAAAUGAUAAGAAAACUGGCAGGGCUGAAGAAGAGGGACUGCCAAGCGACGUAUCGUCUUUUGUAAUUAGGUCAUGGACAGCUCUAGAUUGGACUGUUAACGAAUUUGUCGGGGGUCUGGUACCACUUCUUCUGGCCAUCCCAUCCUCUGCAGUCUCAUUAGAAAGAGUGAAGCAGCGACAGCAAGUGAUUUUGUGCACAGGUCUAGAAGUCGGUAAACAGAUUCCAGAGAUGUUAGAUCUAAUGAAGGUAUGUCAGGGCGUAAGCAUAGUUACUUUAAAUGAAAUUAUUAAUGAUUAUUCAGUACUAAGAUGA